UCAAGCACGCUACUUGGACCAGGCAAAAACGACCUGGUCACGAUGAAUUCAAAACAUUAUUUGCAACCAGGCAAACAUUACGUGGCUUGCCGUUAUUGAGAAACCCAUGAAAAAUGUGGAGUAUUAUGGUGAUUUUAAAAUGGUACCCUCUUUUGACUAAUUGCAAACUUUUUAACAGGAGGAUAGUACAGAUUUCGAAUCAAAUCCUUUUGUCUGCAGUUCAUGGGAGAAGACUGCGUAAUCUAAAUCAUUUGCAGCUUUGAAUGGAGUUAUCAGCUGUCACCUUGAAUGGGUUUACAUGUGUUGUAGCACUCAUUGGAGGCCUUAUCUUGUUGGGGUUAAGCUGGAACAAGAAGAAGAAGAAACAUCACCUGCCUCCAGGUCCUCCCGGAUGGCCUCUUGUAGGCAAUCUCCUUGAAAUCAUACGCAUGAAACAAACAUUUCAGCAGUAUGUUCACAAACUCCAACAAAAGUACGGCCCAAUCAUAACCCUGAGAUUGGGUUCUCGUCCUCUGAUAAUAAUAGCCAGCCACGAGCUCGCUUACGAAGCCUUAGUACACAAGGGUUCCAUCUUUGCCAACAGACCAACUGUGAAGGGAGCACUGAAGCUUUUCUCAAGCAACCAGACGAGCAUCAAUUCGGCUGUCUACGGCCCGCACUGGCGAACAUUGAGACGAAAUCUGGUGAGCGAAACUCUGAGCGCCUCUUCGCUCAAGUCCUUCCGGAAGGGCAGAGAAUGGGGAAUUGAGGUUUUGAUGAACAGGCUAAGAAACGAGGCAGAGCAGAGUGCAGGGGUUGUGAAAUUGAUUGAUCAUUUGAGGGAUGCGGCAUUCUGUAUUCUCCUCUACAUGUGUUUUGGGACUCGAUUGGAGGAGAAAACCGUGAGAGAUGUGGAGGGCAUCCUCAGGGAAAUCAUUUUAUUUGUGGGGAAAAGGCAAGCAGAAGAUUUUUUCCCAGUUUUGGGUAUUGUUUUUAGGAAGCGGUGGAAGCGGUUGCAGGGGAUGCGUCAGCGCCAGAUCGAAAUCUUAAUUGAGCUUAUUAAUCGGCGCCGAGCGAUCUUAGCGGAGGGCAUGGCGGGGGAUUGCAGGGCAUACAUUGAUACUCUGCUUGGUUUGACGGUGGAGGGUGGCAAAGGGCUGGAUGACGCCCAAUUGGUGACGCUCUGCUCGGAAUUCCUGAAUGCCGGGACUGAUACGACCUCCACUACUCUGCAAUGGGCGAUGGCGAACUUGGUGAAAGAUGAAGGCAUCCAGAGCAGAUUGUACGAGGAAAUAGUGAGCGUUGUGGGUAAGGAAAGAGCGGUGGAAGAGGAGGAUCUUUCGAAAAUGGUGUAUCUGGAGGCUGUGGUGAAGGAGACCCUGCGACGUCACCCGCCAGGGCCAUUUCUUUUGACGCACGCAGUUACAGAGGCGUCCACUAUAGGUGAGUACGAUGUUCCGGCGGAUGCAUUCAUCAAUUUCUCCGUUUGGGAAAUGGGUAAUGAUCCCAAAGUGUGGGAAAAUCCUGACGAAUUCAGGCCAGAUCGGUUCCUGAGGAAUGAAGUGGAUCUGACGGGGAGUAGAGAGAUAAAGCUGAUGCCGUUUGGCGUGGGGAGGAGGAUUUGUCCCGGAAUUGCAUUGGCUAUGAUGCAUGUUCAGCUUUUGGUGGCUCGAUUGGUGCAGAAAUUUGUGUGGGAGAGCAAACCGGGGGAGCUUGUUGAUCUGGCCGAGGCGGAGGAAUUCACAGUAGUUAUGAGGAAUCCGCUGAUCGCCGUAAUAAAACAGAGGGUUUGAGUAAGUACCACUGAACAGACUUUCCCCUGUUGUUCUCGCUUUAAAUUUCAUAUGUUUUACCAGUUUGGAGACUUGCAGCAGUUUGUGAGCAACAUCCUCUUUUCUGAUCACUGUUGCUUCUGGGAGGUUUUUAUAAAAUAAUAUACCCAGUCUAAUUUAGAAAUAUUAGCAUUGUAAAAAUCUGAUAUUAUUAAGCUUCCUUCCUUUCUUACAAAUAUUGUAAUUAAGAGGUGGAAAGUGUUAAAGUAGCAACAAAAAGACCAGGUCUUUUAUUAGUGUAAUGAAUAUUUGUGAGUUAUUUUAAAGAUUAGAAAACGUUGCUAAAUGAAAUUUUAUAAAAUUAUAUUUCAAUCAUCACAAA